AUGAGCUAAGAAGAUGAAAAUAAUGACAUUGAUGUUCAAGCUUUAUUAGCCAGCAUCAAUGCUAAUUUUGACAAUGAGCAAAUACUUAAUGAGGCAUAAAGCAAUGCACAAGAAGUGCUUCAGGAAAUUGAUUAAUCGUAAUAGGGUCCCAGUGAAUCGAUUGUUAUUGUCAGAGACCAACCCAUAUAGAAAGAAUAAGAAGAGGUAGACCCAGUGGUGGAAAUAUUGAAUAGGGUUGAAAUAUAAAAUAGUCUCUUAACCAAUCCAGAAAUUAAUUAGCAUCAAUUAGAGACUGGUCCAUUACAAUAAAUUAUAGAAUCAAUAAAGGACAAAUUUGACAAGCAACAAGAAGUAAUUGUUAAAAAACAGCGAAAUAUUUUUACUCAAAUAAUUGAUAUCAGAAAUAUAUCGAAUUAAUUAGUUAAUGUUUAAAUUAACUCUCAUGGAGUGAGCAAAAUGAAAUUGAAUGACUUUAAAAACAAGCAAAAAGAGAUCGAUUAGUUAGACAUUUAAGUGUUUAAGACCAAAGGAUACGUCUUAUCUAUAAUUGAGAGAUUGGAAAUUAUGGAGUAGAAAUUAGAUUACAAGAUAGAUUCAUAUGUUAAAUAGAAAGUUCAAGAACUAGCAAAGAAAUGA